AUGCUCUUUCCUCCACCGUCAAUCAAGAGUGAAGCGAAAGAACUACAGUUGCGCGCUCAUGAACGCGCAUUUGACACCAAAUCCGCUAGAUUACUGGACCCCGUGCCUCGCCAAGGGAAAGAAGAUUGUUUUACCAUACCGACGGUGUUUUUAUUCGCUAUAUAUACAUUCAAGAGACUUUGGGCGAUCGAAUAUUCAAGUUCAUGGAUAUAAUUAUUUGGAAGGGUUGUUUCUUUACCUUCUCUAUCUGCUCUUUGGUUGAGGAAAGAGCCCUGCCGCAUGCGUUGUCAGGCCAGUGUUGGUUGUUCUGAGUUAAGGAACAACAGCAGCUUCCCGUGCUUACUUUGCACUGUGGAAGUCUAUUCUUUGGACGGAAAUACAAUGCCAGGAGACAUCAAUGUGAAUAUUGUUGUUGUAAGAAUCAACAAUAGCCCAUGAUGUGGACUGAACUUCAUUUUGUUAUGGGAUAACGGUGAUAUCGUUGCCAUAAUAACGGGUUGAUCAACAAUGAUUUGAGUUUAACAGUAUUUGAAAGAAUUCUGAAUUGUUAUAAUACUGUAACAUAUUGAAUAUGCCACCUCAGGGUCUGCUUGACUCACAAGAACACACCAAGGGACCUAAGUAAACACAACAAUUCAAGUCCUAUGCAGUAGAAUGCACUGAUGAUCUUCGUAUUGCUGGAUAUUCAUUCCUUCGUCAACUAUCUAUCUGAAGAAGGCAGGCUUGAAAAUGGCAUCCUUUUUCAAUUUCCGUAAAAUCUUUAAAUUGGGUGCUGAGAAGAAGAAGAAACAGUAUGAGCAUGUCCACAGAGAUGAGAACCCAGAGGAGAUAUGGGAGAUCAUUGGAGAACUGGGGGAUGGAGCCUUUGGAAAAGUCUACAAGGUAUGAAGGGUCCUUUUGGGUCAUUGUAGAUCUCUUCUGAUUCAUUGUAGCAAUGAUGAUGACACGUUACAAUUACAGUUUGGUACCAUGUUUCAAGAAUCAUCAAUCAUGUCGUGUGUGUGUUCAUCUCAGUCCACUCUCUGCUGUAACCAAUUGGAGUAAAAUAGCCUACAUCCUGUUCCUUGGAAUUCCUCACUUAGGCUAUAACAGGAUGUGUUACCCCUUACACUAUGUUUAGGACUAAACCCAACAUUGGAUUAAUGACUGCCAUUCUUUUCAUUUUGGUCAACAUUGUCAACUACACUGCCUCCAGUCCACACACACGCACACACACACAGCUAUUUCUUCCCUAACUCUGAUUGUUAGUCCAUUCACAGCAGCCCUUAACCAUGUUAGAUGAGUCCCUAUAAAUUGUGGCAUUGUUUUCACCGAGCUCAAUGCAUGGGCAGAGCAAAAAGCAUCAUUUACAUGAGUGACAUUGAAUUUGAUCACCCAUGAGUGGAAGGCCAAUACCGGUAGCAGGGUGCUUUGUCGAAAACUAUUCCAAUUAGCGUGUUUGUUUUUUCUGUAGCCACAAGCCUAUUUUUGGGUAUGAUAUAAUAGUAUAAUAAUAGCUAUCUGGAUCCCUACCAUGAAUGUGCUCCGUUUUCAAUUUAUUUCUGAUCUAAUAAUAGGACUGUGUGUGGUCAGUUAUGGUUUCUAAAUCUAACUAUUACUUGUUGUAGAGAAUCCAUAUGCCUUAGUCAGUUUAGUAACAUAUGCCAUGUGAAGUUGCCUACUACUACAACCAAACCAUAGGCUGCUCCAGCAGCAAAGCACAACAACAUGUACUAUAAUACUACUCCUAAGAAUAGUAAAUGAUUGACCUUUCUGGCAUUACUAGGGAUACAACAGGCCAAUCGAAGCACAUCUAUGGGAAGUACAUUUCAAAGUAAAAUUCAAACAUCCUGGGCUGAGAGUCAUCUCUACGAAACCAACUAUAACAUGCUGCAAUCUCAUGAUGAGUCAUCCUAUUGGAACCGGCCUCUAAACUCCCAAUCGAUUCAUAGUGAAAGAGAAGUGUGUGUGUGUGUGUGUGUGCGUGUGUGCAUGCUGAAUAUGGAUCCAUCCUGUGAAUGUGAUCAUGUGUAUUGUGAUAAUGCAGGAUAAUGCAUUUAAAGCAUUUAAAUGGCAGACGUGACCUGAGGAACACACUCAGGUUAAGAGGAAGUGCCAUAUCCCAUAUCACUGCGGGCCGCAUCCAGCACAUCCUGCUAUGAGACACAACCAAAACAAACAGCAGACAGUUCCACUUCAAAUGGAAUUGGAACUUAUGCUGUGAUGGUUUUCAUCAAUGAUGUGACAAAUACAUUUGAAAAAAGUGUCAGUUGGCUGCUUUUAGCUUUUUGUGAACAUCAUGUGAAAUCUGAUAUCAACUCUCUCUUGACUCCUAUUAUGAGAGCAACAACGGAACCCAUUCUAUUCUAUCAUUUCCAUUGUCAUGAAGCCCCCAAAAUAACACUCUCACUCAACGUUGUAUGUCUUCUGCGAAUGUCAACAGAACUCGGUCUAUUCCAUUGUCAGAAGCUAGCAUAAUAACCCUCUCACUUCUUCCUGUUUGUCUCCUAGGCCCAGAACAAGCUGACAGGCAUUCUGGCUGCAGCUAAAGUGAUCGAUACCAAGACGGAGGAGGAGCUGGAGGACUAUAUGGUAGAGAUCGAUAUCCUGGCCUCCUGCGACCAUCACAACAUAGUGAAGCUGCUGGACGCCUUCUACUACGACAGCAAGCUAUGGGUGAGUAGGGUUUGGGGUUCUCAGUGGAGGCUGUGCUUUGUUAGCAGUACUGCUGUAAUAGUUUAUUGAUAAUAGUAAUAGCACAAACUCUGAAGGUCUAUUGACCGAAACAUUGGUUGUGAGAUUAAAUGGUUUAUGGAGCAUCAGCUAAGAUCAGCAGUGUGCUGCAGUGUCUUCCUUUGUUGGGGCAUCUUAACUAGGCUAAUACGAGUUGUGAGGACUGACCUGUGUCAUGGCUAUCAGUACAAUGGAAUGUUUAUCCUCCUCUCACACUACCUCGCUUAUCGUCUUCCUUGGUCAAAGUUCAAACUAGCACAGAUACUAGCAGCAUUUAUUAUAGGUUAUCACCCUAUUUGAAUAUGGAAAUUCAUUUUUGUAUUACAGUAUAUUAUUAUGUAGCCUUUUUCGUCUUCACAAUAUCCCUGAGUGAUGUUUAUUUCUGUCACCUCCCAAAAUAACUAGAGUCCAUCCCAAAAAAAACUAAUUUUUAUUCAACAAAUAAUACAUUAUAUCAAAUCUAAAAAGUCAGUGCUUCUAAGGUGUUACCUGAUAGGUUACAUACCCUAGCCUCCCAAGAGCUCCAAAGGAGAACACGAGACAAAAGCUCCCCCACUUUUUUCAAGCUGGGAAAUAAUUAAUGGUAUGACAUGGUGGCGCCCUGUGUCUCCUUCCUUGCUGACAUAGAAAUAUCCACAUAGACAUAUAUUAGUAAUCCGACUCAUCAAAAGCUGUGAUGAUGACCUGCAGUAUUUGGUUACACUGCAGCUCUGUUGAGUGCUCGGCCCUUUCCUCUCCGUUGUCUGCCGAACAAUGGCUUCUAGCCCAAUGGAGGUUGUGUAUUGAUUAUUAUCUAGGCUUACAUGGUAGCUGGUGUGUAAAUAGAGAGAGCGAUAGAUUAGCACAGGAGCUCUUACUGUAGAUGAAAGACUAGAGGUUCUAAAAGGUUGUGUAGAAGUUAAGUCUCUGGAGAAUGCUUUAUUUUGUAUUCCUCAUCUGAUAUGGCUCUAAUAACAAUGUGGUAACCACAUUAUGUUUUUUAAGGAUUAAGGGUUAGAUUAAUGACAGUAGCAAUUGUAUGUUUCCUCAAUUUCACUUAACUUCAGUCUCACAUUGUGGACACCUAACUCUUUUAUCAUGCACGUACCCACUUUGCAAGUUAUUGGAUAGACUAGAGCUAGCCCUAUAUAUAAUGCAGAGUGGCUGCGGAUCCCACUUUUCUGGACCCCUCUUCCCGGCAGCUAAACGUCCCGAAGCUUCUGCACAUGUACAGGAUUCUCUACUUUACGCACAGUCUCUGCUCUACUCGUAGAGAACAGGCUACUCUGGCGAACGGUGCUCGUUUAAUAAUGUUACUUCAAAGCUGAAUCAAUGUCUGCAAGAUCACAUAAUGAUAGUAUUCUACAUAACAGAACGCGCCACUAGGCAAAACAUGUGCUUUGAUUGAAACUAAACACAUGUAGGCUAUGCUACAGUUUGUGACCACCAUCUGGUCUAACAUGCGCUCACUGUACAUAAUUCAAAACAACACUGUAGGCUACCUCGAAACAACACUAUAUAACUCAAGAAGAUCUAAAGGCAUAUCCCCAUGAAACUGAUUGAGAUCAAAUGGUUGGAUGCAGAUGCUUCAUGGACGUUUCACCAGUAAAACUUGAAGAAUGAUCAUUAGCGAUUGACUGUGAGAAAUGUGAAUGGAGGGUGACCAAAACAUUAUUUGCGUAAAAGUAAAGGUAAAGAAACAUGCGCAGAACAUGAUUCAGAUCUUCAGCUCUGGGGAAAAGGGACGGAACUGUUACCUACGGAUCCGCAGCCUCAGCCAUUCUAAUAUGGUGCAUACACAGCAUGUUUCCUAUCCUAACCACAAUGUACUUGACCUUAAGACUGUUGGUUAGGCCUAAUCAUGGGUCAGAUCAUAGGCCUAUAUUUUCAUAUGUUGCAUAUCUUUGUCUCCCAAAUCACACUUUUAACUGUUGGUUAGCAGCUGUGUGGCUAAGAUCCUAUUUCAGAGUUGUGUCCUCCCUCUCUCUCUACACCACAUGAAUGGCUCCUCAGAGGGCUGUGUGUGCUGGGAGAGGAAGUCAUGGCGACAGCCCUGUAGUUCCUCUCUACCCGCCUGCCACUGUAAAGACCCACUGUUUGGCCUAUUGUACAUGCAGCUGGACUGAAAUAACAGCUCGCCUACCAAUGAAACAACACUACAAGGGCCUGUAUGAAUGACAAGACUGUUUCAAGGCUUAGGCUAGGCGGAGCAUACUGUCUUAUUUUAGAAGAGUUUUGUUGGGGAGGGUAAAAUGGUCUUGAAAGGUUUUUAUUGCAUUUGAUGUUUGAUGUGGUUGUAAUAAGGCCAAACUAAGAAUUGGUUCUUUUUAGAAAGGUCACACGGGUCAUUGUUGCCAUAAUUAUGUUUGGCUCAAAAGGUGAACAGGUGAACUGCCCUCUAAAUACUCGCCAAAAGGAGAAUAGAGAGUACCAAUAAUUUCUCAAUGACUGUGUUACAUUGAGGAAGUGUGUUUUGUCUUCCUCUUCUUGGCACCAAAUAUGUCUUCCAUUGUUUCAAUGUCAGUAGCAUUUCUCUAUUCUACUCAGUCCUAACUAACUCAAUAUUUACUGUAUUGAGCACAGUAGGGCCGUGGAUAACUUGAGCUUGUUAUUUUGUUUUUGUUAGCCUAAUUGUUUCUCUGUUGUAUCCCUAAUGUUAGCAGCAUGCUAGGCUAGGUUAGGCUAUAGCCCUGAUACAGUCCAAAGUCUAUUGACAUAUCAGGACUAUGCUAGUCUAACGAUACUACCUCCCUGCACUGAAUGGCUAGGUGUCUCUCUCCUCCAAAUACCUAGCCUUACAGCUGCUGCAGCUAAAGCUAGCUCCCUCCCUCCUGAGGCGUGUAUGGAAACUCCUAAUCCUAUUUGGGGAAAGGGCUACGUUCUAGCUAGCUACGCUAGGCUAGGCUACAUGUGUAUACCAUGAGAAAGCCUUCAGAGCAGAGCAAAGCAACAGAAUGGCUCCUCUCCGGCCAAUCCUCUUACCUCAGCGGCGCAAGGCGGCCAUAUUGAGAGCUCCUUAAAACCAUUUAGGGCUCAGCAGGUUUCAUUCACUGAACCUGGGCAGGAGGAGGUUCACUGUUAAACUCACUCUGAAAUUGUUAUACACAGCAGGGCCUGUAUUCACAAAAUGUCUCAGUAUGAGUUCUCAUCUAGGAUCAGGUCCUCUCUAAUGUCCAUAUAAUCAAAUUCAUUAUGAUCUAAAAGGGAAAACUGAUCCUAGAUUAGAACUCCUACUCUGAGACACUUUGAGAAUACGGCCACAGGCCGGGGAGUUUGGUCUUUAAAAAGAAGGAGACUUUUAAAGUUUUGUUUGGGUAUGAAGCAGGGGACGGGGGGGACGGGACGGGGGGGCUUUUAAGUAUGGAGGGUGGAAGGUUGCUGGUCCAUAGUGUAACGACUUAGGCCUGAUUGAUGGAUUGGAUAGGUAGAGUUAAGUGUGUUGCGUCUUGUUGUCAUUGAACUUGAUACCCUUUAAGCCCCUCUCUGCAUUGGAUUGUAAGGCUACUGGAUCCAGACAGGACUCCAUUGACAACGACCACAUGACACAGUUACAUGUUGGCCUAUAGUACGAUGGAAAUGGGGCUUACUUUGUAUAGUUGUAAACACUCAAAAGUACUAUUGUUUGUUGUAAAUGUAUGGUAUGUUUACCUGUUAUGGUAUUUUUACCACAUUAGAUGAAUGCUGUGAGUUUUCUUUAAUCCACUGUAAUGGAUCUAAUGUAACCAUUCUUCUCUUUUUUUGUAGAUCCUGAUAGAGUUCUGUGCAGGUGGAGCGGUGGAUGCCGUCAUGCUGGGUGAGUCAGCCUUCCUACAUCCUACUUCUAAAUAAUAUGAUAAGCAGAUGAGUGAUAAAUCAUUUGUAACAAUGGUAAAUGUAUUUCAAUGUAUUAUGUGACUGAAAUGUGAGAGAUAUAACAGUAUAGCAACAGUUAACUGAUAUUGAACUACCAGUGAUCAGUACCAACAAGAUGUAGACCAACCACAUACUACAUUGAUAAGGUAUCAGCAUUAACAUUCUUCAUUGAUACAGCCGUAAGCCAGCUCAGUCCUUUUACUACUGUUAGUCCUAUUACUGUGUGAAAGGACUGAGGGAGUGUGUGUGCGUGUGUUUACCCUGUGUGUGUGUACCCUGUGUGUGACCGCAUGAGUGAAACCCAGUGUGAGUGAAACCCAGUGUGUGAGAAGGAAUGCUAAGUAUGUGUUUCUGUGGCCCCGGCCCCUCAGAGCUAGAGAGGCCCCUGACGGAGCCCCAGAUCCGGGUGGUGUGUAAGCAGACCCUCCAGGCCCUCCUCUACCUCCAUGACAACAAGGUGAUCCACAGAGACCUGAAGGCUGGGAACAUCCUGCUAUCCCUGAACGGAGACGUCAAACUGGGUAAGAGACUGGGGAAUAGGGACUGGGAGUUUCCUAACCCAGUGUUUCCCAAACCUCUCCUCGGGGAACCCCAGCCAUUCCAUGUAUUAGAACUAUUCCACAGCUAGCACACCUGAUUCAACUUGUCAACAAUCAAACCCUUGGAUAGGUGUAUCAGGUGAUGUAGUUCAGGGCUACAACAAAAUUGUGAAACGUCCAGGGGUCCCCGAGGAGAGGUUUGAAAACCACUGUCCUAACCAACUAUCCGUGCUUAACAUUUACGUUUGGUCCUUUAGUAGAAGACACUCUUACAGUCAAUGCACACCACUAAGGUAGAAUGCACUACCAUACACUCUUAGAAAAAGGGUUCUUCGGCUGUCGCUCCACCAUUUCCUGGUUGCUAAAAUUGUAAUAGUUCGCCUAAUUUCAGUUUGUGACAAAACAAGCAAUGUGUAGAGAAUCAUUGUACCAUCUAAACCGCUGUGAAAUAUAUUUUCUUGUUAUUUGUAAAUCAGGUUCCCUUUAUCUAAUAUUAGGUUUUGGUUGAAGAUUUGAUAACAUUCAGUAUAACAAAUAUGCAAAAGUAGAAACAAUUUGAAAGGGGGCAAAGACUUUUUCACAGCACUGUAUUUUCAGCUGUUUGAAGUUGGUGUACAAAACCGAAAGAAAAAUAACACAAAAACAAAAGCAUAGAAAUAGCACACAUAGAACAGAUCAAAUCAAAUCAAAUCAAAUUGUAUUGGUCACAUGCGCCGAAUACAACAGGUGCAGACAUUACAGUGAAAUGCUUACUUAUAGCCCUUAACCAACAGUGCAUUUAUUUUAAACAAAAAAAGUAAGAAUAAAACAACAACAAAAAAAGUGUUGAGAAAAAAAAGAGCAGAAGUAAAAUAAAGUGACAAUAGGGAGGCUAUAUAUACAGGGGGGUACCGUUGCAGAGUCAAUGUGCGGGGGCACCGGCUAGUUGAGGUAGUUGAGGUAAUAUGUACAUGUGGGUAGAGUUAAAGUGACUAUGCAUAAAUACUUAACAGAGUAGCAGCAGCGUAAAAAGGAUGGGGUGGGGGGGCAGUGCAAAUAAUCCGGGUAGCCAUGAUUAGCUGUUCGGGAGUCUUAUGGCUUGGGGGUAGAAGCUGUUGAGAAGUCUUUUGGACCUAGACUUGGCACUCCGGUACCGCUUGCCGUGCGGUAGCAGAGAGAACAGUCUAUGACUAGGGUGGCUGGAGUCUUUGACAAUUUUGAGGGCCUUCCUCUGACACCGCCUGGUAUAGAGGUCCUGGAUGGCAGGAAGCUUUGCCCCAGUGAUGUACUGGGCCGUACGCACUACCCUCUGUAGUGCCUUGCGGUCGGAGGCCAAGCAGUUGCCAUACCAGGCGGUGAUGCAACCAGUCAGGAUGCUCUCGAUGGUGCAGCUGUAGAAUUUUUUGAGGAUCUGAGGACCCAUGCCAAAUCUUUUUAGUCUCCUGAGGGGGAAUAGGCUUUGUCGUGCCCUCUUCACGACUGUCUUGGUGUGUUUGGACCAUGAUAGUUCGUUGGUGAUGUGGACAAGCUCUCAACCUGUUCCACUACAGCCCCGUCGAUGAGAAUGGGGACGUGCUCAGUCCUCUUUUUUUUCCCUGUAGUCCACAAUCAUCUCCUUUGUCUUGGUCACGUUGAGGGAGAGGUUGUGUUCCUGGCACCACACGGCCAGAUCUCUGACCUCCUCCCUAUAGGCUGUCUCAUCGUUGUCAGUGAUCAGGCCUACCACCGUUGUGUCGUCGGCAAACUUAAUGAUGGUGUUGGAGUCGUGCCUGGCCAUGCAGUCAUGGGUGAACAGAGAGUACAGGAGGGGACUGAGCACGCACCCCUGAGGGGCCCCCUUGUUGAGGAUCAGUGUGGCAGAUGUGUUGUUACCUACCCUUACCACCGGGGGGCGGCCCGUCAGGAAGUCCAGGAUCCAGUUGCAGAGGGAGGUGUUUAGUCCCAGGAUCCUUAGCUUAGUGAUGAGCUUAGAGGGCACUAUGGUGUUGAAUGCUGAGCUGUAGUCAAUGAAUAGCAUUCUCACGUAGGUGUUCCUCUUGUCCAGGUGGGAAAGGGCAGUGUGGAGUGCGAUAGAGAUUGCAUCAUCUGUGGAUCUGUUGGGGCGGUAUGCAAAUUGGAGUGGGUCUAGGGUUUCUGGGAUAAUGCUGUUGAUGUGAGCCAUGACCAGCCUUUCAAAGCACUUCAUGGCUACAGACGUCAGUGCUACGGGUCGGUAGUCAUUUAGGCAGGUUAUCUUAGAGUCCUUGGGCACGGGGACUAUGGUGGUCUGCUUGAAACAUGUUGGUAUUACAGACUCAGUCAGGGACAUGUUGAAAAUGUCAGUGAAGACACUUGCCAGUUGGUCAGCACAUGCUCGGAGUACACGUCCUGGUAAUCCGUCUGGCCCUGCGGCCUUGUGAAUGUUGACCUGCUUAAAAGUCUUACUCACAUCGGCUACGGAGAGCGUGAUCACAUAGUCAUCCGGAACAGCUGGUGCUCUCAUGCAUGCUUCAGUGUUGCUUGCCUCGAAGCGAGCAUAGAAGUGGUUUAGCUCGUCUGGUAGGCUUGUGUCACUGGGCAGCUCGCGGCUGUGCUUCCCUUUGUAGUCUGUAAUAGUUUUCAAGCCCUGCCACAUCCGACGAGCGUCAGAGCCAGUGUAGUAUGAUUCAAUCUUAGACCUGUAUUGACUCUUUGCCUGUUUGAUGGUUCGUCGGAGGUCAUAGCGGGAUUUCUUAUAAGCGUCCGGGUUAGAGUCCCGUUCCUUGAAAGCGGCAGCUCUACCCUUUAGCUCAGUGCGGAUGUUUCCUGUAAUCCAUGGCUUCUGGUUGGGGUAUGUACGUACGGUCACUGUGGGGACGACAUCAUCGAUGCACUUAUUGAUGAAGCCAGUGACUGAUGUGGUGUACUCCUCAAUGCUGUCUGAAGAAUCCCGGAACAUGUUCCAGUCUGUGCUACAAAACAGUCCUGUAGCUUAGCAUCUGCGUCAUCUGACCACUUUUUUAUUACCGAGUCACUGGUGCUUUCCUGCUUUAGUUUUGUGCUUAAAGCAUGAAUCAGGAGGAUAGAGUUAUGGUCAGAUGUGCCCAAAUGGAGGCGAGGGAGAGCUUUGGUAAGGCGCUCUGUGUGUUGGAGUAAAGGUGGUCUAAGGUUUUUCCUGUUGCACAUUAAAACAUGCUGACAAAAGCAUAGAAAUAGCACAACAUAGAACAGAUCAAAUCAAAUCAAAUCAAAUUGUAUUGGUCACAUGCGCCGAAUACAACAGGUGCAGACAUUACAGUGAAAUGCUUACUUACAGCCCUUAACCAACAGUGCAUUUAUUUUAACAAAAAAAGUAAGAAUAAAACAACAACAAAAAAAGUGUUGAGAAAAAAAAGAGCAGAAGUAAAAUAAAGUGACAGUAGGGAGGCUAUAUAUACAGGGGGGGUACCGUUGCAGAGUCAAUGUGCGGGGGCACCGGCUAGUUGAGGUAGUUGAGGUAAUAUGUACAUGUGGGUAGAGUUAAAGUGACUAUGCAUAAAUACUUAACAGAGUAGCAGCAGCGUAAAAAGGAUGGGGUGGGGGGGGCAGUGCAAAUAGUCCGGGUAGCCAUGAUUAGCUGUUCGGGAGUCUUAUGGCUUGGGGGUAGAAGCUGUUGAGAAGUCUUUUGGACCUAGACUUGGCACUCCGGUACCGCUUGCCGUGCGGUAGCAGAGAGAACAGUCUAUGACUAGGGUGGCUGGAGUCUUUGACAAUUUUGAGGGCCUUCCUCUGACACCGCCUGGUAUAGAGGUCCUGGAUGGCAGGAAGCUUUGCCCCAGUGAUGUACUGGGCCGUACGCACUACCCUCUGUAGUGCCUUGCGGUCGGAGGCCAAGCAGUUGCCAUACCAGGCGGUGAUGCAACCAGUCAGGAUGCUCUCGAUGGUGCAGCUGUAUAAUUUUUGAGGAUCUGAGGACCCAUGCCAAAUCUUUUUAGUCUCCUGAGGGGGAAUAGGCUUUGUCGUGCCCUCUUCACGACUGUCUUGGUGUGUUUGGACCAUGAUAGUUCGUUGGUGAUGUGGACACCAAGGAACUUGAAGCUCUCAACCUGUUCCACUACAGCCCCGUCGAUGAGAAUGGGGGCGUGCUCAGUCCUCUUUUUUUUCCUGUAGUCCACAAUCAUCUCCUUUGUCUUGGUCACGUUGAGGGAGAGGUUGUUGUCCUGGCACCACACGGCCAGAUCUCUGACCUCCUCCCUAUAGGCUGUCUCAUCGUUGUCGGUGAUCAGGCCUACCACUGUUGUGUCGUCGGCAAACUUAAUGAUGGUGUUGGAGUCGUGCCUGGCCAUGCAGUCAUGGGUGAACAGAGAGUACAGGAGGGGACUGAGCACGCACCCCUGAGGGGCCCCCGUGUUGAGGUUCAGUGUGGCAGAUGUGUUGUUACCUACCCUUACCACCUGGGGGCGGCCCGUCAGGAAGUCCAGGAUCCAGUUGCAGAGGGAGGUGUUUAGUCCCAGGAUCCUUAGCUUAGUGAUGAGCUUAGAGGGCACUAUGGUGUUGAAUGCUGAGCUGUAGUCAAUGAAUAUCAUUCUCACGUAGGUGUUCCUCUUGUCCAGGUGGGAAAGGGCAGUGUGGAGUGCGAUAGAGAUUGCAUCAUCUGUGGAUCUGUUGGGGCGGUAUGCAAAUUGGAGUGGGUCUAGGGUUUCUGGGAUAAUGCUGUUGAUGUGAGCCAUGACCAGCCUUUCAAAGCACUUCAUGGCUACAGACGUCAGUGCUACGGGUCGGUAGUCAUUUAGGCAGGUUAUCUUAGAGUCCUUGGGCACGGGGACUAUGGUGGUCUGCUUGAAACAUGUUGGUAUUACAGACUCAGUCAGGGACAUGUUGAAAAUGUCAGUGAAGACACUUGCCAGUUGGUCAGCACAUGCUCGGAGUACACGUCCUGGUAAUCCGUCUGGCCCUGCGGCCUUGUGAAUGUUGACCUGCUUAAAAGUCUUACUCACAUCGGCUACGGAGAGCGUGAUCACAUAGUCAUCCGGAACAGCUGGUGCUCUCAUGCAUGCUUCAGUGUUGCUUGCCUCGAAGCGAGCAUAGAAGUGGUUUAGCUCGUCUGGUAGGCUUGUGUCACUGGGCAGCUCGCGGCUGUGCUUCCCUUUGUAGUCUGUAAUAGUUUUCAAGCCCUGCCACAUCCGACGAGCGUCAGAGCCAGUGUAGUAUGAUUCAAUCUUAGACCUGUAUUGACUCUUUGCCUGUUUGAUGGUUCGUCGGAGGUCAUAGCGGGAUUUCUUAUAAGCGUCCGGGUUAGAGUCCCGUUCCUUGAAAGCGGCAGCUCUACCCUUUAGCUCAGUGCGGAUGUUUCCUGUAAUCCAUGGCUUCUGGUUGGGGUAUGUACGUACGGUCACUGUGGGGACGACAUCAUCGAUGCACUUAUUGAUGAAGCCAGUGACUGAUGUGGUGUACUCCUCAAUGCUGUCUGAAGAAUCCCGGAACAUGUUCCAGUCUGUGCUAGCAAAACAGUCCUGUAGCUUAGCAUCUGCGUCAUCUGACCACUUUUUUAUUAACCGAGUCACUGGUGCUUCCUGCUUUAGUUUUUGCUUAUAAGCAGGAAUCAGGAGGAUAGAGUUAUGGUCAGAUUUGCCAAAUGGAGGGCGAGGGAGAGCUUUGUAUGCGUCUCUGUGUGUGGAGUAAAGGUGGUCUAGAGUUUUUUUCCCUCUGGUUGCACAUUUAACAUGCUGGUAGAAAUUAGGUAGAACGGAUUUAAGUUUCCCUGCAUUAAAGUCCCCGGCCACUAGGAGCGCUGCAUCUGGAUGAGCGUUUUCCUGUUGAUUAAUGGCCUUGUACAACUCAUUCAGUGCAAUCUUAAUGCCAGCAUUGGUUUGUGGUGGUAAAUAGACAGCUAUGAAAAAUAGAGAUGAAAACUCUCUUGGUAAAUAGUGUGGUCUACAGCUCUACCUCAGGCGAGCAAAACCUCGAGACUUCCUUAGUAUUGCUUUUCAAUGCUUCUUAGACUUGCUUUCAAUGAGAACGACAGAUUUAUAACUCACAUUUCUAUGUUAAUUUGGUUGGUUCACCUAAAAAGUUACAUAUUGCAGCUUUAAUAGAGCCAGGGGGAGGUCUUUGGAUAGACUAUGCAAGCUUGGAUGUUAGAGACAUCUGUUGGUCCAUUUAGUCAAAAUAAACACAUUUUAUCAUCGUUAUGAAACACCAAAUAUGUUUGGCGCAGAUGUGGAAGAAAUAAAAGAGGAAUAAGGUGGUAUUUGUUUGUUAGGUUUAUCAUAACAUAACACAAUAUACAGACAGAAAUGUUCAAUGAUGUUAUAUUGUAGCCGUCAUCUACGAAUCAGUUAUGUCACUCAGUUAUGGCAACACUAACUGCCUUCAAAUCGAUUGUGUAUUUGGAAAGCCUGGAUGUCAUCAUUGUUCAGUCCUAUUGGUACCCAGUGAGUGGUGCUCCACACAGUAAGCUCCAGGCUCAUCAUGCAGUAGGUUGUGGAUUAGGAUGAGUCAUAACUUUGUGCAUGUAACAGGCUAGGGUUUGUAUCAGUACAGUGACAUAACAAAGGUGGCUGUGAAAGUGCCUGUUUGCAUGUCAGUGACAGGCAGUGAGAGCCUUUGUGUGAAAGAUUAAUCACACACAAAUACACGUGCACACACACACACUCUGUUAUAAACAACACAUGAUGUCAUCGUCCAGAUGCACGCAUUACGUAAACAUAUGUUUUGUUGUUGCAUGUUGUUCGUGUCGCUAACAUGAUUACUGUUAUGGUUUUUAAUAAGCCUGGAUUUGUCGGAAGACCUAUAUGUAUUUCAGAAACAAUUGUCUAACUUGUGGGACAACAUGUAUAGAUAGGCUUAGGCUUAGGCCGGGGGUCUUCAACAUUGUCUUGCCCAGGGACCCCCUCCCAGGAAAACCAGCGACCCAGGGACCCCUAUCAUACGUUAGCAAAAAAAAAAAAGUAAUGUCUUGUCUUAUCAUCAGGUGAAUGAUACUGACAAGGAGAAGUAAUUAGCAUGUUUAAAUGUAUUGAUUUGGUAGAUCGUUUUUCAUUAUUUUGACUUCCGCACAUCAUAAUCAAAGAUACUGGUAUCUAACCCAAGAUACACCACCGGUGUCGUUUCCAAUGGGAGCAAAUGAAGCGUAGUGGGCAGAACAAGCAAGAAGGUGGGCAGAGCCAAGCACCAGCUAGCGCAAUCCUAUUGGUGCAUUCUAGCAUGUAUUUGCAUAUUUCUGUUAGGGAACGCCUAGUCUGUGAAGUGCGCGUGUGUAAUAACUACAUUCGCCCUUGCACUCCUAAACAAUGCAAUUUUUUAAAACUUAGAAAGGGUCAAGUCUACAAAACUUAGUGCACUCUGUUCAAAACAAAUAUUAUAGUUUUGGGAAGGGAACUGUAUUGUUUAAUCAAUUAAGAAAUUAGCAGAAUUUCGGCCAAGUUUCAUCUAGCUUCAUCUUCUCCCACUUCCCGCCACUGGACUUCCUCUCUUCAUCAUAUUUGGUGGUAGUUUUAAACGGAUGCUUCAGAUUUAUACAUCCGGUGUGACAUCUGUGUUUAUAAUUGGAAGAGGAAGUGUAAACUCUAACAUCAUUUUUUGUUUAUUAAUUCGGCCAUAUUAAAAAACAAGCACACAUAAAACUUGAAAAAGCCAUACAUGCACUUGAGUAAAAUCAUUGAGGAUAACACACAAAAAAGUCUGGGACUUAUUUCCAUUGUGGUCCUAAACAUAGCCUAUUAGCUAGAAUGGUAACGCAAAACACAUUUCCGCUAAGAGCAGCAGUUUAUUUGGUUAAACAAAGGUUAGCCAUGUGUUGGCAAAAAUGUAUGUCCAAGUCAAGAAAGCUUACCAGCAGCCAGCGGCAAUUGCCGCACUGGUAGCCUAUUCGCAGAUGCUUUUUCAAAGCCUAUGUCAGAUACUCCAGUGAGUGUAAUUAGCUCCAAUGAGUGUAAUUGGCUCAAUAUUAGGAGUUGAGAAAUAAAGUUGACAUCAUUAGAAGAUAAUAUCCUCUUUUCUACUGUAGGAAUGUAAUUUACAAUGUGUUUAUUAUGUUGUUGCUAACGAUACACAUAAAAACAUUUUUAAUAAUAAUAACUUUAAAAAAAAAAAAAUGCGGACCCCCUGCAGUACCUCUAGGGAGCCGCGGACCCCUGGGUGAAUACCCCUGGCUUAGGCUAUUUGUUAUGAACAACAAAACAUGUUGUACCCUAGUCGCUAAUAGCAGCACUAUUUCCCAUCUGUGUUUCAGCUGACUUUGGUGUGUCAGCCAAAAACACCAAAACACUACAGAGGAGAGACUCUUUCAUCGGGACGCCAUACUGGUGAGUCAAACAUAUAAACCUGUCAUAUUGUUGUAUUUCAUCAAAUUACUAUUUCUCCCCAUUCUUCUGAAAUGGGCAGUCAUCAUGGUUGACUUUUUAAUAUAUUCAAAACAUUUUUAUUUACUUGCAUUUCAAUUUAUAGAAACCCUAAUGUAUAGCCUACAAAAUGCCAAUAUUACCAUACAAAAAUACUACAAUUCCACACUUCCACACAAUUCGUUUCAUAGUCAUUCAUAUUUAACCGAAUAUAUUUUGUCCCUUUCAUUGGUCAUUCAUAUUUCACUGAAACAUCUCCUUUCCUCUGAUUGGUCGUUUUUUAUCUGUUCUUCCCAGGAUGGCCCCGGAGGUGGUGAUGUGUGAGACAUUUAAGGACCGGCCGUACGACUACAAGGCUGACAUCUGGUCCCUGGGGGUGACUCUGAUCGAGCUGGCCCAGAUCGAGCCUCCCAACCACGAGAUGAACCCUAUGAGAGUCCUGCUGAAAAUAGCCAAGGCUGAUCCUCCUACCCUGAUGCAGCCGUCACGCUGGUAAGUCUGGCGUGUCAGUCAGUGAUGUGGCAGCCUGGCAAACAAGGUAUUUCUGUCUAUGUUUGGCCUCAGGAAGAAAUGACCUUUUGAUACACUGUCACUUUGCACAAUGCUCCUUUUCUUGCAUAGAGAGAUUGUAUCACUCUUAUUCACUCCUCUCUGCACCUGUUGAGAUGGUUCUACCUAUUCUAAUUUACCUCAAUGCCUUUGAGAGGAAUACAUGACACUGUUGAAUUGUAGCCCAUUUUCAAUGUUGUAGUUAUUACAAAUGAUCUCCAUUCACUCUCUUCAGGUCUCCAGAGUUCAGUGAUUUCCUAAGAAAGUGUCUGGAUAAGAAUGUGGACAACAGAUGGAAUGUGGCACAACUUCUACAGGUAAUGGUGACACCCCUUUUGCCCUCACUUUCCCCUUUGUUCCCUCACCCCACCUCCUCUUCUCCUCACCCCCACCUCCUCUUCUCCUCACCCCACCUCCCCUUCUCCUCACCCCACCUCCUCUUCUCCUCACCCCACCUCCCCUUCUCCUCACCCCACCUCCUCUUCUCCUCACCCCACCUCCUCUUCUCCUCACCCCACCUCCUCUUCUCCUCACCCCACCUCCUCUUCUCCACUCACCUAACAACACCCCCUCCUGUUUUUCCCCUCGCCCCUCCGCCCCCUAGCACAGCACUCCACCCCACGGCCACCUGUCAAAUUAAAUACAUGGCCAUAUUGUCCCCUGAUCAUGAUCCGAUAGCUGCUCAUCCGGUACAUCUAAGGUACAUCUGUGUCAACCAGGUACCUGGUGUGCUAGCUAGCGAGCUAACGACACUUACUUAUCCCCUCUGCGCCUCCGUCAGCACAACAGGCUUUUCUUUCCGAAAGGGUUUAAGGAGCGACCGCCAAGCUAGACAGAAUGACUUCCAGACAGACAGUAAGAAGAUAAGGCGUACGGAGGACAUAAACACACAUGAGCUCAGUGUGGGACAGUACAACAGGAGUAUGGUUGGGAUCUUUUAGCAAAAGGCCAAAUGGCCGUGAACAUACAGAACAGUAGUCUACCACCGAUGAAGGUGUUGAUAGCGUUGAAGCUGCAUAUUCUUAGGCCGGCGAUUGAUUAUGUUCAGCAGGUGUCCUGGCAAAAGGUAAGACUUUGGUUUUGGUGUUUGAAAGAGGGAUGCAUUAUGACUGCAGGACCUUACAGUAGGGAAGACAGUGUGCUUUGUGUAUCAAUCAGAUUGUUUUGAGUUGUUAUGAAGAUUGUACUUCCAAUUUUUUACUAAAUAGACACUGAGUGUACAAAACAUUUGGAACACUUUCCUAAUAUUGAGUUGCACCCCCUUUUGCCCUCAGAACAGCCUAAAUUCAUCGGGGCAUGGACUACAAGGUGUCGAAAGCGUUCCACAGGGAUGCUGGCCCAUGUUGACUCCAAUGCUUCCUACAGUUGUGUCAAGUUGGCUGGAUUUCCUUUGAGUGGUAGACCAUUCUUCAUACAUACUGGAAACUGUUGAGCGUGAAAAACCCAGCAGCGUUGCAGUUCUUGACACACUCAAACUGGUGCGCCUGACAGCUACUACCAUACCCUGUUCAAACGCUUUUGCCCAUUCACCCUCUGAAUGGCACACAUAAACAAUCCACAUCUCAAAAAUCCUUCUUUAAUCGGUCACCUCCCCUUCAUUGACACUGAUUUAAGUGGAUUUAACCGGUGACAUCACUAAGGGAUCAUAGCUUUCACCUGGAUUCACCUGGUCAGUCUAUGUCAUGUUUUGUACACUGUGUAUUUUUCUUAAUUUAUUUUUUCUUGAUUUGUGUGAUUUGUCCAAAUUUUGACUGCAAUGUUGAAAUCGCGCAAAUAUUGAUGUUCUCUUUUCAGAUGCAGUGUAAGUAGUGCACUUCAAGGGGACAUACAGUGGCUUGCGAAAGUAUUCACCCCCCUUGGCAUUUUUCCUAUUUUGUUGCCUUACAACCUGGAAUUAAAAUUGAUUUUUUGGGGGGUUUGUAUCAUUUGAUUUACACAACAUGCCUACCACUUUGAAGAUGCCAAAUAUAUUUUUUGUGAAACAAAUAAGAAAUAAGACAAAAAAACAGAAAACUUAAGCGUGCAUAACUAUUCACCCCCCCCCCCAGAGUCAAUACUUUGUAGAGCCACCUUUUGCAGCAAUUACAGCUGCAAGUCUCUUGGGUUAUGCCUCUAUAAGCUUGGCACAUCUAGCCGCUGGGAUUUUUGCCCAUUCUUCAAGGCAAAACUGCUCCAGCUCCUUCAAGUUGGAUGGGUUUCGCUGGUGUACAGCAAUCUUUAAGUCAUACCACAAAUUCUCAAUUGGAUUGAGGUCUGGGCUUUGACUAGGCCAUUCCAAGACAUGUAAAUGUUUCCCCUUAAACCACUCAAGUGUUGCUUUAGCAGUAUGCUUAGGGUCAUUGUCCUGCUGGAAGGUGAACCUCCGUCCCAGUCUCAAAUCUCUGGAAGACUGAAACAGGUUUCCCUCAAGAAUUUCCCUGUAUUUAGCGCCAUCCAUCAUUGCUUCAAUUCUGACCAGUUUCCCAGUCCCUGCCGAUGAAAAACAUCCCUACAGCAUGAUGCUGCCACCACCAUGCAUCACUGUGGGGAUGGUGUUCUCGGGGUGAUGAGAGGUGUUGGGUUUGCACCAGACAUAGCGUUUUCCUUGAUGGCCAAAAAGCUCAAUUUUAGCAUCAUCUGACCAGAGUACCUUCUUCCAUAUGUUUGGGGAGUCUCCCACAUGCAUUUUGGCGAACACCAAAAGUGUUUGCUUAUUUUUUUGCUUUAAGCAAUGGCUUUUUUCUACCCACUCUUCCGUAAAGCCCAGCUCUGUGGAGUGUACGGCUUAAAGUGGUCCUAUGGACAGAUACUCCAAUCUCCACUGUGGAGCUUUGCAGCUCCUUCAGGGUUAUCUUUGGUCUCUUUGUUGCCUCUGAUUAAUGCCCUCCUUGCCUGGUCCGUGAGUUUUGGUGGGCGGCCCUCUCUUGGCAGGUUUGUUGUGCCAUAUUCUUUCAAUUUCUAAUAAUGGAUUUAAUGGUGCUCUGUGGGAUGUUCAAAGUUUCUGAUAUUUUUUUAUAACCCAACCCUGAUCUGUACUUCUCCACAACUUUGUCCCUGACCUGUUUGGAGAGCUCCUUGGUCUUCAUGGUGCCGCUUGCUUAGUGGUGUUGCAGACUCUGGGGCCUUUCAGAACAGGUGUAUAUAUACUGAGAUCAUGUGACAGAUCAUGUGACACUUAGAUUGCGCACAGGUGGACUUUAUUUAACUAAUUAUGUGACUUCUGAAGGUAAUUGGUUGCACCAGAUCUUAUUUAGGGGCUUCAUAGCAAAGGGGGUGAAUACAUAUGCACGCACCACUUUUCUGUUAUUUAUUUGUUAGAAUCUUUUUAAACAAGUUGUUUUUUUCAUUCCACUUCAACAAUUUGGACUAUUUUGUGUAUGUCCUUUACAUGAAAUCCAAAUAAAAAUCUAUUUAAAUUACAGGUUGUAAUGCAACAAAAUAGGAAAAACGCCAAGGGGGAUGAAUACUUUUGCAAGGCACUGUAAUAGUCUUUAUAUCUAAAAGUGUCCUCAAUAUUGUAUAUAUUUUUUCUAUCGUUGCAGCAUCCAUUUUUGAGUACUGUGACAGACAGCAGACCGUUGAGGGAGCUGAUUGCUGAAGCAAAGGCUGAGGUUUAUGAGGAGAUUGAGGAACACAAGGAGGAAGAGGAGGAGGAGGAAGGAGAGACUCAACGGGUAUGUUACACCACAGACUGCUCAGUUAGAAAAAUAACCACAUGAAAGAGUGUGAAAUGCUAUAGAUGGACAGUGUGUAUUCUUUAUCAUUUAUUAUAAAGAACAGGCUACAGGCUGUACUGAUUUGACAAAAAUAAGGAAAGUUAUUGACUAUUGGUUAGAAGGAUAUAUUUAGAAUCAUUCCCACAGUUCUAUUAUUUGAAUGAUAAUCUAGGCAUUAUUUGUUGAUUAUUUUAACCUACAUUUAGAUUUUUAUCACUUCUUCUUCAGGGUCACAAACGUGCACUGUCCGAUGCCAGCGUUGCCAGCUCGGAGGAUGAGAAAUUCCCUCAGUCUCCCUCAGCUUCCAUCUUGGAGUCUUUACCGGAGAAGGCUGAACCGGUUAUCCCAACACCACAGAUAGUUGAAAAGAUCCCUGAACCAAGUGUCGUCAAGCCAGAGGAGAACCAUGUUGUGGACACUAGCUUCGUUGAGGAGCCCACUGCCCCUGCAGAAGUAGAGAAAAUGGAUGAGACCCUUAAUGUUUCAAUAAAUGGAGAGACAACAGAAACCAGUGAGAAACUAGUGGAGGUGAAGGAAGAGGAGGAGAAUGUUCCAGAAAUAUCAGAGGUUACCCCAACAGAACCCAGUGAGAUAGCUUCUUCAGAACCAGCUCAGAAACCAGCAGAGCCCCACCCAGAAGGAACCAUUUCCAAUGCUGAAGUCACCACAGUAGACAAGGAGAUGGAACAACUGGCCAUAUCCAAUCAGGAUGAAAAGGAAGUGGACACAGCCGAGGUCCAGACGAUUGAGGUCACCGCAGAGGCCAAGGACGAGCCAACGGAAGACAAGAUGGAAGUUGAGGAGGAACCAGCUAACGAGGAGCCUAGCAGGGAAGCAAAGGUUACCGUGACAACCCCAGAGGAGACUCCUGCAUCUCCGGCAGUCCAGAAAGAGGAGGAAGGAAAGAGAGUGGUGUAUAAGCCAACUGCGGAGGAGACAGGGACUCCAGUGAAGUCUAAGGAUGAGAAGGAGAGGGAUUCGGACUCUGGGAGUAGUUCUGCUGCAGAUAACGGCAGCAUAGACAUGAACCUCUCCAUCUCCAGCUUCCUGACCAAAACCAAGGAGCCAGGAACCCUCUCCAUACAGGUACGGCAUCACAAUAUACUCUCUUUAGAGAAUGUCUUUGAUCAAAUCCAUUGGUAAUAACUAAGUCAUCCAGUAAUAACCCUCAUGAAUACGCCAUUCUAAAUGCUUCAUACAUUAUUCUAGGUGUUAUAAAUGCUUAUGAAUUGUAAUGUUUAUAAUGACUGCUUUAUCCCAUAAAGUAGUCAAACUAUGGUAUGUUGAUGGUAUAUUUAUUGCCACCAUUUUGUUUUUCAGGAAACCAAGCGCCAGAAGAAGACACUGAAGAAGACCCGUAGGUUCAUGGUGGAUGGAGUCGAGGUUAGCGUGACGACGUCGAAGAUCAUCACCGAUAAUGACACCAAGAAUGAGGAGAUGAGGUUCCUCAGGUAAAGAUUCAUUUACAUUAAUUUGCAUUUUGAGCAUUAUGCAUUGAAAAUAUGCCAGUACUAUGCAAGGAUAUAAUCCAUCUCUCCUGCAGUAUAAGCUCAAGCUUAGGAUCUAACUGAACUGAAUGAACUAGCGAAUGUAGCUAUUUUAGUACACUGAGUGAUUAGUACACUGACUGAUUAGUAACAACUUCCUAGUAUUGAGUUGCACCCCCUUUUGCCCUCAGUUCAUUUGCAUAUCAAAGUGCUACUCAGUUGCAUGCACAGAGAUAUCUUGUUAUAUAACGUUCUCAUUGUUCUCUUGAGAGACUCUUCCUUCUGCAUUGCUUUGGGUUGGUUAAUCUCCUUUUGGGGAAAAAUAUGUUCCUCUCUCAUAGUUUUUUCCUCCUCCUCUCUCAGGCGUCAGGAGCUGAGGGAGCUACGUUUCCUGCAAAAGGAGGAACAGAGGGCCCAGCAGCAGCUCAGCAAUAAACUGCAGCAGCAGAAAGAACAGAUAUGCCGCCGCUUCGAACAGGAGACGACCGUGAGUCACUGUCCAUUUUGUCAAAGCCUCAAUGGGAGGUGCUUUGAGACCUAUUGAAAGGUGUCAUGUAUUACUGUAAUUCCAUGUAGUGCUAUAGUACUUUAAUUGCCUAUUCGUGACCCAGGUCCCAGUUAUACUGUGUCCAACCUAGCACAGUGACAGCUGAUUGCCUACUGGUGUGGUCACAACCAAUCCUGAAGGAGCAUGCUAAACCACACAUGACUUUGAAACAGUAAGCUGAAUGAACCCAGUAAGACCAGUUAGUCCCUGUCCAGUAUUGCAGAGGUGUGCCCCGUCCACACCACACCACAGCUUCCAUGUGCCUUUUGCUCCUUUUACGUCAUGACUUAUUUCUGGACUAGGUCAAUCCUUCUGUAUGUCAGUUAAACUGAACUGAAUCCACUAGCCAGCCAGUAAAUCCAUGGCAGACGGGAUGCCACUGAAAUGCCAUUGCUUUCUGUAAUAUUCCAAUCAUUCAAUGAUGACCAGUGUUUGGAUACUAGUUCUAGUGAAAGUGACGAACUGACACCGAAUCAAAAUGACAUUCUACAGAGUAAGAAGCGCCAGUACGACCAGGAAGUGGAGAACCUGGAGAGACAGCAGAAGCAGACCAUCGAGAGGCUGGAGCAGGAGCACACCAACCGGCUGAGGGACGAGGCCAAGCGCAUCAAGGCCGAGCAGGACAAGGAGCUGUCCAAGUUCCAGAACAUGCUCAAGAACCGCAAGAAAGAGGUAAGGAAGAAGGGGGUAGUGUGUGUUAGUGUUGCAUGGUAUACCAAAACAUUGUUACUUUUUCGAAACUAGAACAUGAAAAAUGGUUCAGUACUAGAAUUUUUGGUACUUUCGAUACUUCUGUCAAAUGUGUCUCACGUCGUCUACUGAUUGAGAGAGGAUCAAGUCUGUCUAUCAGCACAGCCGAUGUCCCCUUAUAGUGCGAGCGUACCGUGCCAGCUCCACUUACUCAUUGCUAGCUCUAGCCUGUCCUGAGGAACCACUGCACUCACUGGGAAUCUGGGCUGCAUCAUGUUAGCUCCCCACUCAUGCUGCACAGAAGUUAAUAUAUAAUGCAACACUUGAAUAAUGCAAACCAGCAUGUAGAAAUGGUGCAACUGUUAAUUACUGUUUGCAAAACAAUGUUAAUUACAGGCUAGAACACUUUACAAUGCAAGAUGAUAACGGUAGCUUCCAGCUUUGUAGGCUAACUUUUCUUGCUAGCUUACAGCUUAAGUUAACAUCAAUUCACUACCCUAGUACUUUGUUUGUGAUAAUAUGCAAACCAUAACGCAAAAUAUGCUGAUUUCAAAGCUGAUUGUCACCAACAAACCAUACAGUCAUUGCCAAAAACGUUAUUCAUUCACUUCGUCUCCCUCGCAUCUUAUUUUAUAAAAGUACGCGCUGUGUCUUUAAGACUUAAUGACAACAUUCAUACACAGUGACAGAGACAGGAGAAACCUGAGGCGAGGGAGACGAAGUGAAUGAAUAACGUUUUUGGCAAUUGCUUCUUCUGUGCAAAUGUUGUUGAGCAGUACAAUAAAAUAAGUCCCAAAUGGAAGGGAAACUGAUUGUUUUUCAUCUGUAACUCCAUGAAAACAGCCAAAACAAGCAUGCACACACUGCCAGGGCCUGAUUAAUGCAGGUGCUUACAGGGGCUGAAGCCCCGGGGGCCCAAGCACAUAUUUCUUUUAAAUAUUUAAAUGUUUACAGUUAACUAUAAAAUAUCUAGGCCUAUGAUUUCUUAAUCCGGCCCUGCACACUCCUGUUGAAUAUGUAUUCACCUGUAUUGUGAAUAGGCCUAGGCUACAUCUUGAUUUACCCAGUUUAUCAAUAGAGAUUUACCAUUCAAAUAAAUGAUUACCAUUAUGUUGUUAUGUAUUUAGAUUGGUAAAUACAAAGUCAAAUUGUAUGAUUGUACAAUUGAUUCAUUAAUUCAUACAUGGCUAUCUUGAUCAAGUGCCAUUCUGUAAAUUUGGCUAAUACGCCUUUUUUAGCCGUGGUAUCGUUUUGAUAUCGAGGAUCGUGAUGGUAUCGAGUACCAUGAUACUAAACUUGGUAUCGGCAUCAAAUGUUUUGGUAUCGUGACAACACUAGUGUGUGUGGUAUGUGUAUGUUGUAACUGAAGCUGUAAAUGUCUGGCUGUGUGUGUGCUUGUGAUAUACAGUACAUUUGUGGAAAAGAAACAUGUUGAUCCGUUUUAGAUUAGAUUAAGCAGCGAUUGGACUCUCAUUGGCUGUGUGUGAUUUGCAGGGUUGUUUUCACUAUAAAGUCUUCCUGUUACGUUUUACAUUUACAUUUUAGUCAUUUAACAGACGCUCUUAUCCAGAGCAACCUACAGUCAUCUUAAGAUAGCUUGGUAAAAAAACACAUAUCACAGUUGUAGCAAGUACAUUUUUCCUCAAUAAAGAAGUUAUCAGCAAAGUCAGUGCUAGUAGGAAAAGUCAACUAGGAAUCGUUUUCUUUUCAACAACAACACUAAUUGAAAGACAAAAAUAUACUAAGCUACUCUUGCAGAGAUGAGUUGUCUUCCCAGGCUAUAGAUGAGCUAUGUUGAACUGGAUCACUAAAAGUAUUUUAAUAUGCAUGAUGUACUGUUGAACUGGAUCACUAAAAGUAUUUUAAUAUGCAUGAUGUACUGUUGAACUGGAUAACUAGAAGUAGUUUUAAUAUGCAUGAUGUACUGUUGAACUGGAUCACUAAAAGUAGUUUUAAAAUGUAUGUUGAACUGGAUCACUAAAAGUAGUUUUAAUAUGCAUGAUGUACAGUUGAACUGGAUCACUACAGUCAGAGGAGGACAGAUAUUGGUGACAUCAUGCCACAAUAAAUUGUAAGAACUAGUCCUAUUUUCAAUAUCUUAAAUUUCACAGGGUAGUUAAGACCAGCUGACAAAGAUGAUAUAUUCUCAAUAUCUUGUUUGGAAGGAUUUCCCUUGUUGACCAUUGACAGUGAUGUGAAUGUUUAGAUGUUUAUCCAUGUGCACCCCAGUUCAUCCUCAGUAUUAAUCCCUUAGUGUGCCCUCGUAAGAGGAUAGCCCAAUCAACACGACAAUCCAAUGCCUAUUUAUAGCGGCUAGCGUUUUACUGACACACCUGUGGUUACAGUAGAUCUCUCUCAUAGGGGUUUAUAUAACCUGUGUCUAAAUCAGUCUGAAACUGCCACUUCUCAUCACCUGAUCCCAGAUCUGUAGCCUAUGUGCUGUAGCUAAAUGAUUCUGACGAGGCUAUAGUCAGAGACUUUGGCUUAUGCAGUACAUAUACACUACCGUUCAAACGUUUGGGGUCACUUAGAAAUGUCCUUGUUUUUGAAAGAAGAGCAUUUUUUUUUUGUCCAUUAAAAUGAUCAGAAAUACAGUGUAGACAUUGUUAAUGUUGUCAAUGGCUAUUGUAGAAUAGAGGCUCCUCUGUCCUCCACUCGUUACCUGUAUUAAUGGCACCUGUUUGAACUUGUUAUCUGUAUAAAAUACACCUGUCCACAACCUCAAACAGUCACACUCCAAACUCCACUAUGGCCAAGACCAAAGAGCUGUCAAAGGACACCAGAAACAAAAUUGUAGACCUGCACCAGACUGGGAAGACUGAAUCUGCAAUAGGUAAGCAGCUUGGUUUGAAGAAAUCAACUGUGGGAGCAAUUAUUAGGAAAUGGAAGACAUACAAGACCACUGAUAAUCUCCCUCGAUCUGGGGCUCCACGCAAGAUCUCACCCCGUGGGGUCAAAAUGAUCACAAGAACGGUGAGCAAAAAUCUUAGAACCACACAGGGGGACCUAGUGAAUGACCUGCAGAGAGCUGGGACCAAAGUAACAAAGCCUACCAUCAGUAACACACUACGCCGCCAGGGACUCAAAUCCUGCAGUGCCAGAUGUGUCCCCCUGCUUAAGCCAGUACAUGUCCAGGCCCGUUUGAAGUUUGCUAUAGUGCAUUUGGAUGAUCCAGAAGAGGAUUGGGAGAAUGUCAUAUGGUCAGAUGAAACCAAAAUAUAACUUUUUGGUAAAAACCUCAACUCGUCGUGUUUGGAGGACAAAGAAUGCUGAGUUGCAUCCAAAGAACACCAUACCUACUGUGAAGCAUGGGGGUGGAAACAUCAUGCUUUGGGGCUGUUUUUCUGCAAAGGGACCAGGACGACUGAUCCGUGUAAAGGAAAGAAUGAAUGGGGCCAUGUAUCGUGAGAUUUUGAGUGAAAACCUCCUUCCAUCAGCAAGGGCAUUGAAGAUGAAACGUGGCUGGGUCUUUCAGCAUGACAAUGAUCCCAAACACACCGCCCGGGCAACGAAGGAGUGGCUUCGUAAGAAGCAUUUCAAGGUCCUGGAGUGGCCUAGCCAGUCUCCAGAUCUCAACCCCAUAGAAAAUCUUUGGAGGGAGUUGAAAGUCUGUGUUGCCCAGCGACAGCCCCAAAACAUCUAAAUAGGCGUACAGAGGCCCAUUAUCAGCAACCAUCAGUCCUGUGUUCCAAUGGCACGUUGUGUUUGCUAAUCAUUUUACAUUUACAUUUUAGUCAUUUAGCAGACGCUCUUAUCCAGAGCGACUUACAGUUAGUGAGUGCAUACAUUAUUUUUUUAUUUUUCAUACUGGCCCCCCAUGGGAAUCGAACCCAUAACCCUGGCGUUGCAAACGCCAUGCUCUACCAACUGAGCUACAUCCCUGCCGGCCUUCUUGAGACUAGUUGAGUAUCUGGAGCAUCAGCAAUUGUGGGUUCAAUUACAGGCUCAAAAUGGCCAGAAACAAAUAACUUUCUUCUGAAACUCGUCAGUCUAUUCUUGUUCUGAGAAAUGAAGGCUAUUCCAUGCGAGAAAUUGCCAAGAAACUGAAGAUCUCGUACAAUGCUGUGUACUACUCCCUUCACAGAACAGCGCAAGUGACCCCAAACUUUUGAACGGUAGUCUGACAUCAAGCUACUUCUCAUAGACUUUGGCUAAUGAGUUGAAACACAAAUCCAUAUAAAAUUCUUGCUGUUGUUUCUGUGUUGUUUCUGCUGUCACGAUCGUGUGUUUGUUUGUGGGCUGCCUCGUGCCAUAGUUCAAACAGGAAAGGCGACUGUCGCCCAGGCACAAGAGAAACGCUAUCGUGAAACGGAGAAAAGAGGAUAUAAUCACAACUCCACGUGAAGAGGUAGUUUGGUGUGGAAAACUUCUGGUGUGGCUUUCCUACUUGGACUGUCCCUUCAAUGCCAGUCUACAAUGCUUCUGUUGACUGCUUUCAAGAUCACUGUCAUUUGGCCCCUAUGGGAAUUCUUGGGCUACUCUUUUUUCCAAAACGUGUCUUUUGUGUGGUUUGUUUUUGGUCAAAAAUAGUUUGUGUAUGUAUUAUUCUACAGUAGAUAAUUUAAUUAAAAACAUUAAUCAAGUAGGCUUACAGUAUCUUCCAGCGCAAGUUACAGCACAGUCUAACACUAUUGAUGUGUUUUCUAACAAUCCACCCACCUGUGAAUCAUUGUGGAACACAUUGCCUGUAUAUUACGGGGGUGUAACAGUGUGUCAGUGUAAUGGUUAACUUAGCCAGCAAUGUUUAUGGAUGAGUGGCUGAUAAUUAGUAGAGUAUAAUCUGUUCUGGUCUGCAAUGUGUGGCCCAGGUUACUGUACUGUUUAUAGCCUGAGUGCCAGUCUGUUUGUGCACUAUUGCCAACUCCUUUUCCCUUACGGUCAUACAUAAUAAUGAGCGUUGGCAGUAAUGCACAAACAGACUGGCAUUCAGGCGAUAUGUUAUGAUUUAGUAGAGUAUAGGUCUAAUUUGUUGUGAUCUACAGGGAGUGGCCCAGGGUAUGAUUAAAUAUUUUCAGUUGUCCUCCUGCACUCUCUUCAACGCCCCCAUGCAGGAUAUAAGUUGGAAGAUUUCCCCCUUGGUUUGAAAUGUGUCCUCUUCCUGCUCUCUCACAUGCCAGUGGAUUCACUCACUGACUUUGAGACGGCAGUGUUUAUAUUGGUGCGUUUGUGUGAGUGGAAUACCUUGUGUGUGUUCUCCGUUCUCCUUUCCUUAACACCUGGACUGAUCGGUAUGUGGAGGGCUGGUCUAAAGGGAAUGCAGCAGUAUUCUGUUUUGGGAUUUGGCCUACACAUUUCUAUAGAGGAAACAUCAUCAAUCCUAAACUUAGCAUUUCAAUCAACCUGGAACUUAGCAAUGAACAACAACAUUCACAGUGCACUGCCUAUAAACGUAUCAAAUCUGCCAGUCGACAUCCGGUGCUCUACAUUUUCGAUGACCCAGCACAUCUAGUAUAUGUCCUAUCGCCACAUUGUUGCCAACUUCCACAAUGUGGUCCAUUAACUCUAGCCAUACUUAUCCCCAGGUAAACUAUUUUUUUGAAUGGAAACCCAUAGUCCAGACCCCAUACAGUAGGGUUGGCCAGAUUACAUGCCUGUCCUGAUGAGGGGGGUUACAUCAACGAGAUAGACUUGUCUGCCAGCCUCAAUACUCAAAGGUGACUCUCUCUCGUGCUGUUGGAGUCGACUGGGGGAACUAUAGCAGUUGAGGUGAGGUGAAGACAGCCCAUUCCAAAUUGACGGACAGACGUGUUGUUUGGCAUCGGCAGCCUGUGUUGUUUUUUUUGCCGUGCGAUUACUGUUGGUUUGAAUUGAAAAAUGAAAAAAUGCAGUGGAACUGGCUUCAAGGUCCAGAGUUGAGUUUGAGGGGUAUAUAGAGAUUCUUUACUUAUCCAACUGUCUUUCCCUCUUCUUCCUCAGGAGCAGGAGUUCCUGCAGAAACAGCAGCAGGAGCUGGACUGUGCCCUGAAGAAGAUCAUCCAGCAACACAAACACGAGCUGGCCACCAUCGAGAGAGACUGUCUCAACCACAAACAACAGCUCCUCAGAGGUGAAGAUAUAUCUCUCGGCGUGAUACAUAAACUAUAGAUAGGUACUCAGUCAUAGCUCCUUUCAGAGGGGAGAAACCUUCCUUAACCACAAACAGAAGAUGCAUGGCUCUGUGUGAGAUGCAAGUAGCACAGAUGCAAAUUGCAGUAGGAAUGAUACACGACCUUACAAAGGUCAUAGUCACUACAUAGAAACAGGCUACCCUAGCCGCUAUCACCAGCAUACUUGAAGGAAAUAUGGUAAACCUUACUGUUUGUGUGUGAGAUGUAAACAGCAAACACACAGUGACAUAGUAUAUAACUUAAAACAGAAGCUCUACAGAGUUCAACCUAAGGCACCGUCAGGCCUUGACUCUAAUUGAGCAAUAAGGCACGAGGGGGUGUGGUAUAUGGCCAAUAUUAUGCACGACGCAACACGGAGUGCCUGGAUACAGCCCUUAGCCGUGGUAUAUUGGCCAUAUACCACAAACCCUGAGAUGCCUGAUUGCUAUUAUAAACCUGUUACCAAUGUAACAUAUAUAAGUGAAAUUAAAUGUUUUGUCAUACCCGUGAUAUACGGUCUGAUAUACCACGUCUUUCAGCCAAUCAGCAUUCAGGGUUAGAACCACCCAGUUUAUAAUACCUAUUAAUGCUGAGAACCUAUCAUGAACUGAACUGAACAGCGGCCUAAUAACUCUGCCUGAUCAGAUUCCAGUCAUCCCACACUUCAUACACAUCAGCUUACAGAAAUAGCUCCACGGAAAUGUUCACCAGCUGGAGGCCUUUAUGACUUGCUGGUAUGAGCCAUGUCGUUAGAAAGUGAAGGAAAAUGAAUGUCUGAAGCAAGUGUCUCACAAACACAUUUCAAGCUAACCAGUUAGUCAAAUCUAGUGUCCCAUGACAUGGUUUUUGGGUACCAAGAUUCAUCAACAUCAAAUACAAAGGAAUGCAGAUGAAAGAUCUGAUUACAGUGGUGGGGUAUUGUAUCUAAUAAUAAUAUGCUGAACUUCCGGGUAAUGCAGUGUUUCCUUGUACUGAGUGUGUGUUUCUGUCUUUGGUCCUUGCAGCACGGGAAGCAGCUAUGUGGGAGCUGGAAGAGCGUCACCUACAGGAGAAACACCAGUUGUUUAAACAACAGCUCAAAGACCAGUACUUCAUGCAGAGACACCAGCUGCUCAAGAGACAUGAGAAGGUACAGUGAGGCUUCCAGAUAGACAAACAACAGCUGAUUCAGGAUCAGAUCUCAUAAACCUAAUCCUGAACUGAACCACUAGGAGCAAAAUACCUGAACAGGUUGGGGGAUAGAGUGAGGCAUAAUACUGAAUGACUACAAGUUAUGACUCAUAACAGCUGAUAUUAAAUCAGAUUGGAAAUAUGCCUGGGUAUUUCUGUUUCUACAUUCAACAAUGAUGCGUCAUUGUUUUGCCAAAUGUGGACUGUAACGUUGACAAGACAACUAUUUGGCUAGCACUUUGGCAACUACUCUAAUAUCUUAAAUAUCUCAUUUCUAUGACAGCUAAUGAUGUGUUUCUGCCCCCCCCCCCCCCACCCUCCCUCCCUCCCCCUCCCUCCCUCUGUAGGAGAUGGAGCAGAUGCAGCGCUACAACCAGCGUCUCAUCGAGGAGAUGAAGAACAGGCAGACUCAGGAGAGGGCCCGCUUACCCAAGAUCCAGCGCAGCGAGGCCAAGACACGAAUGGCCAUGUUCAAGAAGAGCCUCCGAAUCACUGGGGGCCCCAUCACACCCGAGCAGGAGAGGGAGAAGGUCAAACAGGUAAAAGAUAGAGGAUAUUCAUAAAAGACUAUUAACGGCCAUUUUGUUGGUCAAAAAAUACAUAACUGUGAAUGGAAACCUAUGUAUGUAGAUGUUACUUUCAAAGUAUAAUGAGGGAUUAUAGACAUUGCUUUCAGUGGAGAAAGAGGUAAAGUCUCUGAGCUUGUUGAUCCAAGUCAAAGGGACUUUCCCAGGCACUGAAGGAUUUAGUUGGAUUUAUAGUACUUUUGGCAAUGCUAGGUCAAGCUUGAGACUGCUAGUGCAAAUUAAGCAUGUAUCAAGUUCCAACUGUAAUUGGGCCUAUUUUAAUACUCGUGUGAGUUGAGUAAGUGAGAUAUUUCUGUGUGUUUGACAGUUUGCAGCCCAGGAGGAGAAGAGGCAGAAGAAUGAGAGGCUCCACCAGCACCAGAAACAUGAGAACCAGAUGAGAGACCUGCAACUGCAGUGUGACGCCAACGUCAGGGAGCUGCAGCAGUUACAGGUACACUCUCAGAAAUAAAGGUGUAGAUUUGUUCCUAAAGGGGUACAAUGGCGUGUCACUGGGGUGGUACCCUGUAAGGUCCUCCUUUGUACUUUUAGUUAUAGGUACAUAAUUGUACCCAAGUUCAGACCUCAGAUAGUAACUUUCUCCGCAGGUACAAAAGCAUGCUUUGUGCCUUUAUAUAGUGCCACCACAGUGACAAAGCCAUUUGUUCCUUGUAAGUGGCAAAAAUUGACCUCUACCAUAGACCACUUAAAGUAGUACAACACUUCCACUCACAGGUGGCCAAAAAUAACUAUCUGAAAGCCACUCCCCCACUAUGCCACGCCUCCAAUACAAUUUCCCAGUGUGCCUUGCCUUUUUGAUUGAAUUGUACAGUUACCAUCCAUGACUGUAUUUGUUAGUGACAGAAACAUUGUUGUUAAAUUCGUUCAUUUUCAGACCUGUGGCCUUCACCAAGUGAGUUCCUAAGCAUAUAUUAUAAUUUAAAUUAAACUCUUUAUGACAAUACAUUACAUAUCUCAUUAGGCCUUAUUUUGAUGACUAGUUUUACCCUAAUACAGUGUCCUGAAACCCUUGGUUUACAGGCCACAUCAGGCCUGCUUGCAAAAUUCUGGUAACAUACCCCAAAUUACCAGAUUCUUGGAAAAACCCUGGUUGGAGCAUUUCCUGCUUAUUCCCUCCCGUUUCCAGGAAUCUUCCAACUGGGAUUCCUAGAAAAUCUUGGAAAUGUACCAGAAUUUUGCAAACCUACCUGCAAUUCAUUUUAUGCUGGCUUGCAAAGUGAUUUGUAAUUCCUAUUGGAAUCCAACCAGAGUUAGGAUAUCCAACAGGAAUUUUUAUUCACCUGCAACCUGCAUUCAUAAUGACUGCCAGAGUUAGGAACAUUUUGAGGAGACUACCUAAGCCAUUUAAAUUGGACUAUUUCAGUAACGGGAGAAACAAAUCUAACUAACUGAUUGGAUUAGUUUAGAAAAAUUUAUGUUAUUUAUCUUUGUGUAGCAUAAGAUUAAUCAAUCAAUGUACAUGCAAAAACACAGAUUUUAAAAAUAAUUCUUAAAAAAUCAACCUGCAGUAGAGCCUGCUGGGAAAUAUGAUGAUAAUAAUUAUGGUACAAAUGUGCCUUUUUGGGGUACCACCCCAAUGACAAAGCCAUUAGUUCCUUUUAGGUGGCAAAAAUUCAUUGUACCCUAUGGUGGGUAUUAAGUGUAUUGAGGGUACACAAAAUAUGUUUGUACCCUGGGAAAUUAACCUUCACAUUGUACCCCAUUUUUGAGAGUGUGAUGAUUAUACCUUUUAUAUUCAUAAUACAGGUUAUAAAAAUGUACCAUUAUACUCUUUAUCUGCACAUGUACCCUAAAAGGUACCGAACAGUACCAUGUGAGAUCAUUAUGUGUACCUCUGAAGGUACAUUUAAGCAUUUUUUCAUCUUGUUGUACUCCAGGGAACAAUACUGUACCCUUCUUUCUAAAAGUGUACGGUAUAACAUAUACUGUAUAACACGAGCAUGCAUGCAGGCACACAUUAACACACACACUUGGAUUCAUCUGUGAUUCAGUACAGCGUGUAACACCCAAUGUGUGCGCUGUGUGUUUCAGAAUGAGAAGUGCCACCUCCUGAUAGAGCAUGAGACCCAGAAGCUGAAGGAGCUGGAUGAGGAGCACAGCCUGGAGCUGAAGGAGUGGAGGGAGAAACUACGACCCAGGAAGAAGGUAGCCAUUACACCAGUUAACCCCUGAAAGGAAAUCAUCUCUCUUUCUGUUGAAUAUUAGGCAGAGAAUAUUUGGCACAUGUUUUGUUUCUGAGGUGGAGGUACUUGUAGUUCAAACACAUGGCGGUAGGUAGCCUAGCGGUUAGAGCAUUGGGCCAGUAACCGAAACACCGCUAUUUCGAAUCUCCGAGCUGACUAGGUGAAAAAUCUGUCCAUGUGCCCUUGAGCAAGACACUUAACCCUAAUUGCUCCGCUGAUAAUGCCUGGCCGUGACCCCACUCUCCGAGGGUGUCUCAGGGGGAAUCGGGAUAUGUAAAAAAACACAUUUCGCAUUUCCAUUCCACAAAUGCGUAUCUUGUACAUGUGUGAAACAGUACUAGUCCUCCUCUAGUCCUCCUCUGUACCUCUGGUGAUGUAGAGGUUAACCCAGGCCCUGCAGCCCCCAGUAUCAUUCCUACUUCCCAGGCGCUAUCAUUUGUUGACUUCUGUAACCGUAAAAGCCUUGUUUUCUUGCAUGUAAAUAUCAGAAGUCUCCUUCCUAAGUUUGAGUUAUUCACUGCGUUAGCACACUCCGCCAACCCUGAUGUUCUAGCAGUGUCUGAAUCCUGGCUUAGGAAGGCCACUAAAAAUUCUGAAAUUUCCAUCCAACUAUAACAUUUCCCGUCUAGAUAGAACUGCCAAAGGGGGUGGAGUUGCAAUCUACUGUAGAGAUAGCCUGCAGAGCUCUAUCAUACUAUCCAGGUCUGUGCCCAAACAGUUUGAGCUUCUACUUCUAAAAAUCCACCUUUCCAGAAAUAAGUCUCUCACUGUUGCCGCUUGCUACAGACCCCCCUCAGCCCCCAGCUGUGCCCUGGACACCACAUGUGAAUUGAUUGCGCCCCAUUUAUCCUCAGAGUUCGUACUGCUUGGUGACCUAAAUUGGGAUAUGCUUAACACCCCGGCCAUCCUACAAUCCAAACUAGAUGCCCUCAAUCUCACACAAAUUAUCAACGAACCUACCAGGUACAACCCUAAAUCCGUAAACAUGGGUACCCUCAUAGAUAUCAUCCUGACUAACUUACCCUCUAAAUACACCUCCGCUGUCUUCAACCAGGAUCUCAGCGAUCACUGCCUUAUUGCCUGCGUCCGUAACGGAUCCGCGGUCAAACGACCACCCCUCAUCACUGUCAAACGCUCCCUAAAACACUUUAGCGAGCAGGCCUUCCUAAUUGACCUGGCCCAGGUAUCCUGGAUGGAUAUAGAUCUCAUUCCGUCAGUAGAGGAUGCCUGGUUGUUCUUUAAAAGGAAUUUCCUCUCAAUCUUAAAUAAACAUGCCCCAUUCAGAAAAGUCAGAACUAAGAACAGAUAUAGCCCCUGGUUCUCCUCAGACUUGACUGCCCUUGACCAGCACAAAAACAUCCUGUGGCGUACUGCAUUAGCAUCAAAUAGCCCCCGAGAUAUGCAACUUUUCAGGGAAGUCAGGAACCAAUAUACACAAGCAGUUAGGAAAGCAAAGGCUAACUUUUUCAAACAGAAAUUGGCAUCCUGUAGCACUAACUCCAAAAAGUUUUGGGACACUGUAAAGUCCAUGGAGAAUAAGAGCACUUCCUCCCAGCUACCACUACCCCGGCCACCAGCUCUGCACCCUCCGCUGCAACUUGCCCAUGCCCCCCCUCCCGCUUCUCCUUCACACAAAUUCAGACAGCUGAUGUUCUGAAAGAGCUGCACAAUCUGGACCCCUACAAAUCAGCUGGGCUAGACAAUCUGGACCCUUUCUUUCUAAAACUAGCCGCCGAAAUUGUCGCAACCCCUAUUACUAGCCUGUUCAACCUCUCUUUCGUAACGUCUGAGAUCCCCAGAGAUUGGAAAGCUGCUGCAGUCAUCCCCCUCUUCAAAGGGGGUGACACUCUAGAUCCAAACUGUUACAGACCUAUAUCCAUCCUGCCCUGCCUUUCGAAAGUUUUUGAAAGCCAAGUUAACAAACAGAUCACCGAUCAUUUCGAAUCCCACCGUACCUUCUCCGCUAUGUAAUCCGGUUUCCGAGCUGGUCAUGGGUGCACUUCAGCCACGCUCAAUGUCCUAAACGAUAUUAUAACCGCGAUCGAUAAUAGACAGUACUGUGCACCCGUCUUCAUCGACCUGGCCAAGGCUUUCGACUCUGUCAACCACCGCAUUCUUAUUGGCAGACUAAAUAGCCCUGGUUUCUCAAUUGACUGCCUCGCCUGGUUCACCAACUACUUCUCAGAUAGAGUUCAAUGUGUCAAAUCAGAGGGCCUGUUGGCUGGACCUAUGGCAGUCUCUAUGGGGGUGCCACAGGGUUCAAUUCUUGGGCCGACUCUUUUCUCUGUGUAUAUCAAUGAUGUCGCUCUUGCUGCUGGUGACUCUCAGAUCUACCUCUACGCAGACGACACCAUUUUGUAUACAUCUGGCCCUUCAUUGGACACUGUGUUAACAAACCUCCAAACGAGCUUCAAUGCCAUACAACACUCCUUCAGUAGCCUCCAACUGCUCUUAAACACUAGUAAAACUAAAUGCAUGCUCUUCAAUCGAACGGUGCUGGCACCUGCCCACCCGACUAGAAUCACUACUCUCGACGGGUCUGACCUAGAGUAUGUGGACAACUACAAAUACCUAGGUGUCUGGUUAGACUGUAAACUCUCCUUGCAGACUCACAUUAAGAAUCUCCAAUCCAAAGUUAAAUCCAGAAUCUGCUUCCUAUUUCGCAACAAAGCCUCCUUCACUCAUGCUGCCAAACAUGCCCUCGUAAAACUGACUAUCCUACCGAUCCUUGACUUCGGCGAUGUCAUUUACAAAAUAGCCUCCAACACUCUACUCAGCAAAUUGGAUGUAGUCUAUCACAGUGCCAUCCGUUUUGUCUCCAAAGCCCCAUACACUACCCACCACUGUGACCUGUACGCUCUUGUUGGCUGGUCCUCAUUACAUGUUCGUCGUCAAACCCACUGGCUCCAGGCCAUCUAUAAAUCACUGCUAGGCAAAUCCCUGCCUUAUCUUAGCUCAUUGGUCACCAUAGCAACACCCACCCAUAGUAUGCGCUCCAGCAGGUAUAUCUCACAGGUCAUCCCCAAAGCCAACACCUCCUUUGGCCGCCAUUCCUUCCAGUUCUCUGCUGCCAAUGACUGGAACGAAUUGCAUAAAUCUCUGAAGCUGGAGACUCUUAUCUCCCUCACUAACUUUAAGCAUCAGUUGUCAGAGCACCUUACCGAUCACUGCACCUGUACACAGCCCAUCUGAAAUUAGCCCACCCAACUACCUCAUCCCUAUAUUGUUAUUUAUUUUGCUCAUUUGCACCCCAGUAUCUCUAUUUGCACAUAAUCUCUUGCACAUCUAUCAUUCCAGUGUUAAUACUAAUUGUAAUUAUUUUGCACUAUAGCCUAUUUAUUGCCUUACCUCCAUAACUUGCUACAUUUGCACACACUGUAUAUAUAUUUUCUGUUGUAUUUUUUGACUUUAUGUUUUGUUUUACCCCAUAUGUAACUCUGUGUUGUUGUUUUUAUCGCACUGCUUUGCUUUAUCUUGGUCAGGUCGCAGUUGUAAAUGAGAACUUGUUCUCAACUGGCUUACCUGGUUAAAUAAAGGUGAAAUAAAAAAUUUAAAGAUCGCUAGUCUCUUCAGAAUAAGAGAGCACUACAAAUAUAAGCAGCCACCAAAUUAUUAUUAUGUAAUCUCUUGCUUGUGAUCCACUCACCAACCAUAUGUCUGUUGACCUUAGGCUCUGGAGGAAGAGUUUGCCAGGAAGCUUCAGGAGCAGGAGGUCUUCUUUAAGAUGAGUGGAGAGUCAGAGUGCCUUAACCCCUCGGCCCAGAGCCGCAUCUCCAAGUUCUACCCCAUCCCCAGUGUCCACUCCACUGGCUUCUAG